AUGUCCUCAAUCGAUGCGAGCGAUGAACGCAAGGUCAGAAAACGGGUAUUCAAUACCUCGAUUGAAGACAAACGGCUGCAUUGGUCCAGACUGCACCGGUUUAAGACCACCCACAGACUGUACAUAUAUCUCAUCAGCUCGUUGGCCAUUCUCCAAUUCAUUGCCAUAGCAUUUUUCGCCAGAGGGUUUCUACUCACCCGCAAUGUUCUCGAUAACGUAGCUACCGAUAGCCCGGUGGAGCCCAAGUUCGACAAAUGCGUCAUUUUGGUCAUCGAUGCCCUCAGAUUCGAUUUUACCAUUCCUGUAGAUCCAAGCGAUUUUGGAUACAACAGCAACCACCACAACAAUCUAGAGGUUUUCAAAAAUGGUCACGGAACUGACCAUUCGUCACUGUUGCUGAAAUUCAUCGCUGACCCUCCUACCACCACCUUGCAGCGGCUAAAGGGCCUCACCACCGGAUCGCUGCCAACGUUCAUAGACGCAGGCUCGAAUUUCGAUGGCUCAGUGAUAGACGAGGACAAUUUUAUCAAACAGCUUUCUUUGAAUAACAAGACAGUCUAUUUCGCGGGCGAUGACACUUGGGACGCACUGUUCAGACCGUUUCUGUCUCCCAACAGUGAACCUUUCGAGUCUCUCAACGUGUGGGAUUUGGACACCGUCGACAACGGCGUAAUGCGCUAUUUCGAAAACCAUCUCUUGAACGAAACAGCUAUCCCUGCAAACUGGGAUGUCCUGAUCGGACAUAUGCUCGGGAUCGACCACGUUGGCCACAAAUACGGCCCCGACCAUUUCACCAUGAAGGAAAAGCAGCUACAGGCCAACAGAUUCAUCGAACGUAUAUGUGAGAGCAUAGACGACAAAACGCUGUUGGUUGUCAUGGGUGAUCACGGUAUGGACCAUACCGGAAACCAUGGAGGAGACUCAAAGUCGGAGCUCGAAGCCGCACUUUGGCUAUACUCCAAGAGACCAAACAUGUGGAACCACUUAUCACCAGACCAUUACGAUACCACGUCCUUGGGUGAAAAUCACCGCCGUGUGAACCAGAUCGACUUGGUCUCAACACUUUCCUUACUCUUGGGGCUGCCCAUAUCUUUCAAUAAUCUGGGUUGGCCUAUUCAAGAAAUUGCAGCCACUGCAGAAGAAUUGAAGCUAUACCAUGAGGUGACUUUAAACCAAAUAAAGAGUUACAGUGACGCAAGCGGUGUGAUCACGAAUUUUGACAAAGCGGAGCAUUUACAAGACCUUUGGGAAAAAUCAAUUAAUGACAUUUCCUUUGCUCCCGAAUACCAAAAAUAUUUUUUAGAGUCUUGCAAGGAUUUGUGGGCCAGGUUUGACUACUGGAGCAUUGUAGUGGGCAUAUUUUUCCUAGCCACGUCCCUCGUACUAUUGAUAAUUAUCACAAAACUUGUACCCUCAAUUGUUAUCGGACAGAUGGUCUCUGAAUUUGUGCCAACGAUUGCAAUUAUGACAUUAGUAUCAAACGUUUGUUUCAAUGGAAUUUUCCACGUUUUACAUCAGCCCGUUUUUUUCGAGAAUUGGCUCUGGUGUACAUUAUUUUCAACAGCGGUAGGGAUAAGUGUGGGAUUUUUCCUCACCAUUUUUGACCGCUACACCGUCGCGUGGAUCGGACGUAAGUUUUUGGAGGAUCUUUCCGAUUAUUGGUCUAGGAUCGCAGCUCUUUUUAUCACACUACAUGCCGUUCUUUUCACUUCAAACUCUUUUACCAUUUGGGAAGAUAGAAUUGUAAGCUUUUUGCUGGCUACCUUGGGCAUGUUGACAUUAUACGAAUUUGUAUUUCUGCCUAAAAGACGUUUGACCACUGCUCUUUUAGCAGCUGCAAUGGGGGAAGAAAAAAAAUCUCCACAAAAGAAACAGCCGUUAGACUCCGAAUCAUCUCCGCUUGGUAGAUUCGCUCGUCUCGUUGGAGGCUACCAUUCGAUCGUCUUAAUUACAUGUACCAGAUUGGCUUCCAUGAUCACCAUUUGUCGAGAGGAACAAGGUGAGUUUUGCACUCCAACAUUCACAACAGCCAACAAUUACUCCUAUUGGGGUCUAAUGCUAUGCUUGACCGCUGUCGCGUUCCUGCCCUCAUGCUUGAAAGGCUACUAUAACAUUUGUUCAUCUUAUCAAGCGGCGGCUCCGAUUUGGAUUAGUCAAUUCCUACGUUGGGUACUUUUGACCAAUUUUGUUUACUGGUCGAUAUGCGCGAUGGAGAACAAUAUUCCAGACCUGGCCUGGGACCUGAAGGUAUUCAAGCUCACAAUAUCCAGAAUAGUUGCAGGGUUUUCCCUUAUAGCUGCCAAUGUAGGUUGGAUGAUGGGACCACUCUGCGUAAAAUUGAACAUUCACAACAACGAUGUCAAGUCUCAACAAGCCACAAUCCUAGGGUAUGCCAACGUAUACGGUUCACAAUUCUUUUUAUUGGUCAUCAACUUUUUCAUGUGCAUCAUGUUGUUCAACAAGCCUCUUGCACAGAUUUCUCUCUUUCUGAUGUGCAAUCAACUGUUGUCAAUUCUUGAGAUCGUUGAUCUUCUAAAGUUGAAGGAAAAUCUAAUUGGCCCUGUGUCCUUAGGCUUACUUGCAUAUCAACAGUUUUUCUCUACCGGUCAUCAAGCAACAAUACCAGCUGUGCAGUGGGACGUCGGAUUCGUACUCACUGAACGCAUAACCUUUCCGUUCACGCAUUUGGGCAUCGUGAUGAAUACUUUUGGGCCUCACAUCAUUAUUGCUCUAUCAGUCGCACUUCUGACCCUUUGGAAACAGCCGCCUACAGUUCUGAAGCCCCAGACCCUUUUAGCUCGCGUGGUCUCAAACUGUGGUAUGCUUCUAAUCUACAAUACUGUUCUGUGUUUAAGCUCGUUUGUGUGGGUGACACACUUCAGAAGACACUUGAUGGUAUGGAAGAUCUUUUGUCCAAGAUUUAUGUUCGCAAGCUUGAGUCUGAUAGUGUUACAAGUAAUCAUUACUCUCGUGACUAUUGCAUUCGCAAGCGGCAGACUGAUCAGACAAAUCAACAACCUAUUUUGGGCGUGA